AUGAGUGAGGUACAGGUUGAUGUUGUUGGUCAUCAGGCCAGAUCUAAAGAAGGUAGAGGAAUCUCUGUCAGAAGUGGGGAUAGUGAUAAAUGGAUUAUUAUUCAAAAAACAACAUUUACUAAUUGGGUGAAUGUUCAACUUCAACCAAGGAAUUUAGAAGUCAGGGAUUUGCAGGAUGAUUUCUGUGAUGGUGUUAAAUUAUGUGCUCUGGUGGAAGCAUUACAGCAGAAGAAAAUAGGUCGAGUUGUUGCCAAACCUAUCAACCAACAUCAGAGUAUUCAAAAUGUUACUGUAGCAUUAACAGCUAUUGCUAAUGAUAAUGUUAGACUUGUCAAUAUAGUCAAGGUGUGUCAACUGUUAGCAAUGAACAACUCUACAUCAGAAUGCACACCUACAGCUUAA